AUGUCACCUUGCUCCAGAGGGGCAAUAUCGCGAGCCCUGCGACUUGGAUCGUUGAAAUGGCACCCAAGGCCAUGCAUCUCUUUGCCAAAACCGACGGUUUCCUCUCUCUUACGAACUGUGCCGUGGCAAAUCAGUUGCGGCAGUGUCGCGACGCAAGUCCGAAUUUCUCCCCGAUCCUUCUCGACCACCCGGUUUCAACGCAUAGAGACGACUGCUGAGGAAUUAGCCGAGGUUCUUCCCAUAUGCUGCCCUGGAUGUGGUGCUUUCACGCAGACGGUCGAGCCGGAAGAGCCAGGGUACUAUGGCGGGAAUCGCAAGCAGACCCGGAAGCUGUUAGCCUCUCGCAAAGGGACGACCGAAAAAGAGAAUACGGUGACCAAGAUUACAGAAUCGACAGAUUCGCCAGCGGCCACAGAGGCCACAGAAGGAAUUGUUGCAGAUGGAGAGGCUGUCAGUAGCUCGUUGAAGGAGCAGACUGGUGCUGAAGAAUCAACAGCGCCUCAGCCAACUCAGGGUAUGCCAUAUGAAUCGCGUGUCCAAAACUUGACUAACUGGAAACAAGAUAUUACUUUGUUAGAGAAUGAGGUCCCUCCUUCAAUCGAGACUCUAGACUCGACGAGUCGAAAUGCUCAGGUCUGCGAUCGUUGCCAUGAUCUGAUUCACCAUAAUAAGGCUGUCUCCUCUCCUAAACCGUCCAUCCUUUCGAUCCGAGAAUACAUAGAUGAGUCGCCAUAUAAGAACAAUCGUGUAUAUCAUAUUCUGGACGCAGCCGACUUUCCUAUGUCUCUUGUUCCCCGCAUCCAUUGGGCGCUAUAUGCUCAGGAACAGCGCUCGCGGAACCGACGAUCCUCCACUGAGAAGUACCAUCACGGGCAGAAAAUGCCCACAAUUAGCUUCAUCAUUACACGAUCGGAUCUGUUAGCUGCUACAAAAGAGCAAGUGGAUUCUAAAAUGGAAUAUAUCCGUUCCGUCCUUCGCAAAGCGUUGGGACGAUCAGGACAGGACGUUCGACUAGGAAACGUGCACAUGAUCAGCGCACACCGAGGUUGGUGGACUAAGCAAGUCAAGGAAGAGAUUCGGGAGCACGGUGGGGGUAUUUGGGUCGUUGGCAAGGCAAAUGUGGGCAAGAGCAGCUUCAUUGAGGCAUGCUUCCCCAAGGACUCUCGAAGGCUAGAGAGUAUUACCGAGUGGAUGGAACAGCGCGAGAAGGAAAUGGCAACCCAGCGACGGGUCGUUCCUUUGAAUCCUGACAGUGUCCUUCCGCCUGCACCUCGUGAAGAUCUGUACCCAGUGCUUCCAGUUGUGUCUUCCUUGCCCGGGACCACAGUCUCGCCCAUUCGCAUUCCGUUCGGGCGCGGGCGGGGUGAAAUGAUCGAUCUACCUGGUAUGGAACGCAGCGAGCUGGAGGACCACGUGCGUGACGAGCACAAACGCGAUUUGAUCAUGACAAAGCGGGUAAAACCAGAGCGAUGUACCAUCAAGCCGGGCCAAUCUCUUCUUCUCGGCGGUGGCUUGAUACGGAUCUCUGCUGUGAAUCCUGAGGAUACCGUAAUGGCUGCCGUUUUCUUACCCAUCGAAUCACACGUUACGAACACAGCAAAGGCAAUCGAGAUACAAGCGGAGCAACAACCCUACCGAGGCAAGGUGCUAAUGGUUGAAGGAACGGGCAGUACCAUCUCUUCUGCGGGCAAAUUAGACUUGCAGUGGGACAUUACCGCUUCAAAUCUUCCUACGUCGGUUGCUAAGACUGUGAAAGACAAGGGCGUUCCUAUACCUUAUCUACCGUACCGUGUGAUGGCUGCUGACAUCCUUAUCGAGGGAUGUGGUUGGAUUGAAGUGAGCAUCCAAGUCCGCAACAAGCGCGGUCCUGAAGAUGAGCCUCCCAGCUAUCCUCAAGUCGAGAUAUUCUCACCUGAAGGUAAAUAUAUUGGAGGUCGGAGACCGAUCGAAUGUUGGAACUUCAUGGCGGAGAAGCUCAAAGCCGACAAGCGCAAGAGACCUCGGACAAGGCAUCAGUAUAGUUGA